AUGUCUGCGGACUUGCUAGCAGAGUUCGGCCAGGGCUCGGGGCCUCCGCAAAGCUCCGCAGGCAACCCACAAGCUGGACAACAACAAACAAGCUCUGGUCUAGAUCACUCUGAUGAUGACUUUUUUUCUUCAUUAUCGACAAGCAAGCAACAUAACAGACCCCAGAUCUCCGUUUCGAGACCACCAGCGAACCAGUACAUAACUCCGACUUCGCGACAGCCGCCAGGCUUUGAGCUGUUCAACCUGCCUCGACACGAGAACAGCGAGGUGCUGUUUGACGCGGAGACCGAUACGCCGGGCAAUGACACAGAAGAUGAUUGGGGAGACUUUGAAGAGCCAGAAUCAGUUGCCAGCAAUUUUCAAGCGCAACAAUCUGAAAAUAUUAUACCAAAAGUCAGGCCGCCGGUAGCCCAAUACCAAACGGCCCAAAUAGACUUGCUAGACUCGCUGUCGUUGAGAGAUUCCACACCAACCACGGAAAAACAUACAGCUCUAUCCAAAAGGAUCUCAGCACCAACCAGCAAGUCCCCUGUGCCAACAUGGGACGAUGAUUCGUUUGGAGACUGGGAUGAGUUCACGGAUGCACCCUCCGCCACUGUGUCUGCGAGUCAAGCUACGGCAAAGAACCCCGUAACAAAGAUUAUUGCAAAACAAAUGAAACCUUCCACCAAAGCUUCCAAAGCUAUAAGUACCGCGCCUCGACAAAUAAUCCAGGAAGAUGACUUUGAAGAUUGGGGCGACUUCAACGAUGGACCAGCAGCAGUGGCACCGGCACCGGCACCGGCACCCAUACAAAAGCCUAAAUCAAAACCAAACUCACCUGCAUCUGCAUCUGCACAUGCACCAUCUACAAUAAACCCUCGAAAUUUCCUAUUCUCUACGCCGACCUCACCCCCGGCCGUUCGUCCCACCAACAUUCCACCGCCAUCCGUCCUUCUCUCGCUCCUAGUCGAAGUCCUCGCUGCCUUACAAAAGGAAGCUCUCAAAGCUCAACCUCGCAACAUAACCCCUGCGCAAAAAGAAGAAACUGCUCUCAAGAUCUAUACCACCUUGACAACAUCAGCUCGUAUCAUAUCAGGCCGCAGUCUGCGCUGGAAACGCGAUACGAUCCUCAGCCAGAGCAUGCGCAUCGGUCCGGCAGGUAAACCGGGCGGCAUGAAACUUAGUGCAGUCAACAAACACGAAGACGUCAAGGAGUCACAGGAUGCUGUUGAGGUACUGAAGCUUUGGCGUGACCGCAUUACUCUGUUCAACGCCGUUGUGCAAGGCGUGGGACAGCAGCCUAUUCCUGUUUUCACUGACCCUACGGCAUUGAAAGUUGUCUUGGCGCGUGCGGAAGAGGGGGCGAUUAAGGCUCCCCAUGCUUGUGCGCUUUGCGCACUUAAGAGAGAUGAGCGUGUUUUGAGGGUUGAUGAGGGAGAUGUGAAUGAUAGCUUUGGAGAGUGGUGGACAGAACAUUGGGGGCAUACGGGGUGUAGGAUUUUUUGGGAGAAGAAUAAAGAUCAGCUUUUACAGCGGUGA